AUGCUUUUUGUUGAUGAUAUUGUAUUAGUAGCUGAGUCUUGGACCGAGGUUAAUGUCAACCUCGAACGGUGGCGUACAUUGCUAGAGGGUUAUGGAUUGCGAUUGAGCCGUUCUAAAACUGAGUAUUUAUGGGCCAAUUUCAGUGUGGAGAUUCAUGAGGAGGAUGUAGCUGUAUGCAUCGCGGAGGCCCGUGUACCACAAACGAAUACUUUUAAAUAUUUGGGUUCGAUCAUUCAGAGUAAUGGUGAUAUUUCUGCGGAUUUGACUCAUCGUAUUUUGACAGGAUGGUUACGCUUGAGGUCUGCUACUGGUGUGUUGUGUGACAAAAAUGUACCGUUGAAGUUGAAGGGUAAAUUUUAUCGGGUGGCAAUUAGACCGUCAUUACUAUAUGGUUCUGAGUGUUGGCCAUUGCGAAAAGUUCAGGAGCGUCGACUAGAGACAGCAGAAAUGCGCAUGUUGCGUUGGAUUUGUGGUAACACCAUGACAGAUCAUAUACCGAGUGUUACUUUUCGCCGUCUUUUAGGUGUUGAGCCUAUCUCUAAGAAAAUAAGGGAGGGGCGUUUACGUUGGUAUGGACAUGUUAGGCGUAAAUGUAAUUCAGCGCCGGUUCGAAGAGUUGAACACUUAUCGGUUCGGGGCAAGAGAAAGAGAGGUCGGCCCCGUCGCAUGUGGUCUGAUCAAUUAAGUUUGGACUUGGGAGCCCUAAAUCUCACGAGGAUAUGA